AUGAUAUCCGAUAUCGACAGCUACACUCAGCACCCUCUCCAACUCGACCCGGCUACGAAGAGCAUAUCCCUCGCCACAACAACAGGCCAGACUCCCGCGCAAGUCGAAGCCAUCAACUCAGAACUCCAACAGUUAAACACGCUACACCGAUCCCUGAUUGGACUUGACUCUCCCAACAUCCCUCCCCCUCCCCUCCCCAUCAACCCCAAACGCAGCGCGCAAAUCACCAAACUGCGAGAGACCGCCAACACCGCGUUCAAGAAGUCAAACUAUACCGAAGCAGUCAAGCUGUAUGGGUAUGCGAUAGACAUGGCCUUCAGUAGGCCGGGCUGGGAACCGGUUAAUCUGGUCCGCGAUGAACUCUCGGGUCUGUAUUCCAACCGUGCGCAGGCAUACAUGUCACAACAGAUGUGGCCUGAGGCGUGGGUCGACUCGAAGUGCAGCGCGGAGUGCAAGCCAGUCGGCAAUGUCAAGGCGUGGUGGCGCGGUGGGAAGUGCUUGGUUGAGAUGAGCAGAUGGGAUGAGGCUCGCGCAUGGGCUGAGCAAGCUCUGGGGAUCGAAGGCCCUGCCAGUGAAGGUGGGAAAGAGCUGGUUGCUUUGUUACAAGAAAUCGAAGCUGGAAGCAAAAGGGCAUAG